GCAUAGGGUCAUGAAAGAGCCAUGACAAGUGUACUACUUCCGUCUUCUCCUCCCCAGCGGAUAUAGAGAAAUGACAGCGACUCUGCGCCCGUACCUCAACGCUGUGCGUGCCACGCUGCAGGCCGCCCUCUGUCUGGAGAACUUCUCCUCUCAGGUGGUGGAGCGACAUAACAAGCCAGAGGUGGAGGUCCGGAGCAGUAAAGAGUUGCUGCUACAGCCAGUCAUCAUCAGUCGUAAUGACAAGGAGAAGGUUCUUAUCGAGGGCUCCAUCAACUCAGUCCGAGUCAGCAUCGCUGUCAAGCAGGCGGAUGAGAUUGAGAAGAUCCUUUGCCAUAAAUUCAUGCGCUUCAUGAUGAUGAGAGCUGAGAACUUCUUCAUCCUGAGGAGGAAACCGGUGGAGGGUUAUGACAUCAGUUUCCUCAUCACCAACUUCCACACGGAGCAGAUGUACAAGCACAAGCUGGUGGACUUUGUCAUCCACUUCAUGGAGGAGAUCGACAAGGAGAUCAGCGAGAUGAAGUUGUCUGUCAACGCCAGGGCCCGUAUCGUCGCAGAGGAGUUCCUCAAAAAUUUCUAAGAAAAUUCCCAAACAUUCCUUACGCUGAUCACGACCGUCAUCAUGGUUUCUGAGGGGUUCGCAUGACAGGACGGAGAGGGAGGAGGGGAAAACAUUGUGACCAGUCAUUCGCAAUGGAAAAAAGUAAAGAUGCAUUAGACCAAUGGGGUGUUGCCCUACGUCAUUGAGGUAUCCCUGUGCUCAGAAAUAUUGAUGUUUGUACAUACUUAAUAUUCACAGCCUCGUUUAAUUUCUGCCCUUUAGAACAAAGCAUUAAAUCAGGGCGGGUCCUUAAAAUAGAAUCCUAAUCCAUAUUAAUGAGCACAGGGAAAUGCAUGGAGAUUUCUGAUAAUUGAAACUAUUUCUUUUUUUUUUAUAUAAAUAUUAUAUUCAGACUGUUUUGCUAAGUUUUUGUUACGACACCUGUUUCUUGUGUUAAUACACACAGAGCAGACCCUAUCUAUCAUUGAUGGAAAUGAUUGUGAUAAUAGUGCUGGCAGUGAUGAAUAAAUCCCUUUAUUGUU